CACGCUGAUAUGUAGUAGUAGUAGUAGUAGUAUGUGAGUAGUUUUGCUCGAGUUUUAACAGAUUGCUUAGUCAUUAAAAUAAAACCAUCUUCAAAAUGACAGAGGUUAAGGUUAAAAAGGAGUCUACAGAUGUUGUAGAUAUCGAAAACAGGAUAAAGGAGCUAUGUCAGCAGUUUCCUCAAGGCAUCACUGAUCAGGUCAUCCAGAAUGACAUGCCGCAUGUGGAGGCGCAGCAGAGGGCCAUGGCCAUCAACCGGCUGCUGUCUGUGGGCCAGUUGGAUCUCCUCAGAAACAGCAAUGGGUUGUUGUACCGGCUCAAGGACACUCAGUCAGCGAGCAAAAUGAAGGGCUCUGACAAUCAGGAGAAGCUCGUGUACCAGAUCAUCGAGGAUGCAGGAAAUAAAGGAAUAUGGAGUAGGGAUAUCCGCUAUAAAAGCAACCUCCCCCUUACCGAGAUCAACAAAAUCCUAAAGAACCUUGAGAGCAAAAAACUGAUCAAAGCUGUGAAGUCUGUCGCCGCAUCUAAGAAGAAGGUGUACAUGCUGUAUAACCUGCAGCCGGACCGCUCGGUUACAGGAGGCGCGUGGUACAGCGAUCAGGACUUCGAGUCGGAGUUUGUUGAGGUUCUCAACCAGCAGUGCUUCAAGUUCCUUCAGAGUAAGGCAGAAGCAGCGCGGGACAGUAAACAGAGUCCCAUGGUGCAGAGAAACAGCUCAUUCGCAACAUCGUAUGAAGUCUGGAAGUACAUCUGCGAGCUGGGAAUUAGCAAGGUGGAUCUGUCCAUGGAGGACAUUGAGACCAUCCUGAACACACUGAUCUAUGAUGGAAAGGUGGAAAUGACCAUCAUCGCAGCUAAAGAGGGCACAGUAGGGUGUGUGGAUGGGCAGAUGAAGCUUUACAGGGGGGUGAACUCCAUCAUCCAGCCCACAGGCCUGGUCAAAACGCCCUGUGGACUUUGUCCGGUGUUUGACGACUGCCAUGAGGGCGGCGAAAUAUCACCAUCCACUUGCGUGUACAUGGCAGAGUGGCUAGACUUUUGACCUUCUCUCUGCCCUCCUGUUGAUGUUUUUUUUUUUCUCUGUGGAGAAAGUGCCAUAUAAUUUUUUUUUCUUUUUUGCAACAGUUUGAUGCAACAUACGUUGGUUUUAUUUAUAUUGAACAAUCAGGGUAUUGAUAAUGUAUACUGAACUGCCAAGAAGAUGGAGCCGUACUGUGGAUCUCUGGAAAUGAUAAUAGACUUGGAUCUCAAUAUUUAGUUUUAUUUUUUCCUUUUUCUUCUUAAAAUCAAAUAUUCUGAUGCACAAGAUACAGGGUUACAAAUACUAAUUUAACGUUUGUAAAAUGAGUAACAUGUUUAUCCUGCAUCUGUGCUAGCUUAAUAAUAAUAAUAAUAAUAGUUUCUUGAGUGCAGUUUUUAUUUUUAGAAAAUAAUUGGUGAGAUUAUAAACUGGUACAGUUUGUGGAUUUCUGGUAAUAAAGAUUGCGAUUGAAACUAA